UUCACAUUCUCCUCACUGAGUGCAGAAGAGACUCUUUUUACAAUAUCACACAAUCUCAUAAAGGCACAGAAGCUUUUACACACUCACAUCCAGAUAGGUAUUUUGGCAACAUGUCCAAAAAAAGACUUUGACGCUUCAUUGGAUCUAGGUGGGCUAUUUAACCCUUCUUUUUCUAAACAUUUAAACCAGAAGGAAUGGACUAUCCAGUUGGCAUAUUCAAAAUAUGACAAGCAUCUAAAUACUUCAGAAAGAAGGUUUUCAUUUUUUCACAUUACUGAAGACUGCUGUAACAGCUGUAUUGGACUUUCACAAUGAGCACAAUACGAAGAAAACCGAGCAUUGCAUUCAGCUGGCAUAAAUCAUUCACCAUCCUUACACCUUGGAGAAAAGGCAAAGGGGAUGUGGUGUUAGAAAGUGAGGUUGUACUGACAAAGAUGAAGCUCCUCAAAAACAUCCAUGAGAAACUUCUAAAUACGGAGGACUCUGUAUCAAACAUAUCCAUGUCUGAACAGGAUAUCUCUUUACCACUUCAAGUCGAAGAAACAAUAUCUGUCAACAGUGUGGCACCUGAACCAAAACUGGUGGAGUCAAAAAAAGACUAUUUGACUGCAAUUUUUUCCAGUUCCCAGUUGCCAGGUUUGUACAAAUUUGAAUCAGAGGACUCUGGGGUAGAGAUGCCUAGUGGAGCGAACUCACCGUCUACUCCAACAGGUUCAGAGCAGAGCUUUGUUGUUCACAGUAGAGAGUCUUCAUGUGACUCUGGAAAUCCAAACCCUCACAUCCAAGCCAGCAGUCGUCUCCUCUCACUGGAAAAGAGUGCAGACUCUUUAGAGACUGAACCAGCAUCAUGUAUAUGUGUCCAAGAAACCAAUCUCACAGUAUUUCAAGACAGACCAGAGGAUGAGAUGGAUAAUGUUCUGCUGGAGGUUGUAAGAGAUUCAGAAAGGUUAGAGAACAGAACUGUAGUGGAAGCCACAGAAAGCUGUGAGGACGGUUUAGUAUGUACAGAGACAGAAGAUACGAUAAUAAAGAGUGAUGCUACUGAGAACACAGACUCAAUUAUCCAUGCCAUUGACACAUAUGAUAAGAACAUGGAUUUGCCACAGCGGCCAUUAAGGAAAAGUACAACGAGUGACAGUCUGGAUGAAUACAUGGAAGAGUGCUGCAGGCUUAGUGAGGUAAAUCAGGCUCAGGCCAACCCAUUGGGCUCAGGAUUGGGAUAUUUAGAACACAUCUGCCAGCUCAUUGAGAAAAUCGGGCAGCUUCAGGAGCACAACCUGAAACUGCAGAAACAGAUCUGUGUCUUGCAGAAGGACAGCACGAUGAAAAAAACUAAAGAGGAUUUCUUCCUACAGCAUUGUCACUGUGGAGCAGGCAGCUUGGCUUUUCAAGAGUCAAAGAGACAUUCACGCAGUGACUACACCAGCCUAACAGCAUCUAGCGGCACAUUGUCUGACCUAUCCACCAUUCCAGAGGGCACACAUAUCCCCCUCAGGCCAGCCUUCAGCGAUUGUGAAGGAGGCCGCCAGCAGAUCGCGCCUGUGUGGAGAAAAGGCUUUACCAGGAGAAGUUAUACAGAGGGGGAGGCCAGAUACCUGAAUGACAGCUCAGAGGUUCUCUUUGCUCCCCAUAGACGACCGGAGAACUAUGCAUGGGGCAGGGUGAAGGAGUUGGUCAAGAAGAGCAAGCUGAGAAACCAAAGUAGACUUGGUCUGUCCUCCAGCUCCUUCAAGAGAUCAUGUCCACAGCUAUACCGGCCUGAAGUGGGGCAAAUGGAACUUUCCAGAAGAGACAGGAACUCUAUGAUUGUCCUUGGGCAUCAGAAAUUUGAUUAUCAUUGGCCUCAUUAGCGCUGAUCUGCUGGACACUGAACAGAUGCAGUAUAAUGAGAAAACAUUUCCCUGAAGAGGAGGACAUGGCGAAGUUGUACAGAACAUGGGCAAAAGAAGAACGAGAAAAGGGAGGACAAGAUGAUGUUGAUGAGAAAGUGAUCUGUGAUUGGUGAGAGAAGGGUACAUAUAGAAAAUUUCAGAAACUUAAAGCUUACACCCACAAUGUUUAACAGGAAUCUCUGUAUGGUUUUAUGAGUGUACAAUGGACCUAAAAAUAUGACUAGUUCCAUGUCACUUUGUAUGUUAGAUACUAUAAUUGAAUGUCAUAAAAGUUUUGUCCAUUAGUAUAUGCAGUGCAUUGCAUAAGAUGUGUUACCAGAGCGAUUUUUUCUCAGAGCAGUAUACAUUUCAAUAUAUUUGCAUGAAAAAAAAAAAACUAACAGGGAUAUUAUUUAAUUCAACAAUAAACUAUGCAAAAAAUAUAUAUAUAAAAUCUGUACUAUGAGCUGCUUUUGCUCAUUCUCAAGUUUCGAAACAUGCAGGAUACUGUCAAGUAGCGUUAAAAAAAUAAUAUAGAACCUGUAAGCUUUCAUUGCAGCUGAUAGCCCUGUAGUCCAUUUGACUGUCAGGUGUUACACACUGCUCUUGAUAAUAUACAGUAUGUCACAAAAGUAUGUACACCCCUCACAUUUCAGAAACCUUUUUAUUAUAUGUGAUCAAGGGGCAAAAUUAUAGAAAUGGCAAUUAAAUAUAUUUUUUAGAAUAGUCAGUGUAUAGCAGUACAAAUGUAUUGUCCUAAAACAAACAGCCAUUGUUGUCUAAAUAACUGGCAACAAAAGUGAGAACACCCUAAGUGAACAUGUCAAAACUGUGUCCAAAGUGUCAAUAUCUUUUUGUGAGCACCACUGUUAUGUAGCACUGCCUUAAUCACCCUGGGCAUGGAAUUCCCCAAAACUGCACAGGUUGUUGCUGGAAUUCUCUUUCACUCCUUUAUAAUGACAUCACAGAGCUGCUGUAUGUUAGACACAUCAUGCUUCUCCAUCUUCCGCUUGAGGAUGCACCACAGGUGCUCAAUAGGGUUCAGGUCUGAAAACAUACUUUGCCACUAUAUUACCAUCACCUUCAGCAAGACAGUUGUCAUUUUGGUGGUGUGUUUGGGGUCAUUAUCUUGUUAGAAAAGUGCCCUUUGGCGCAGUUUCUGGAGGGCUUCAUGUUCUGCUUUAGAAUGUCACAGUACAUGGCUGAAUCUAUGUCUCCUUCAACGAACCGCAGCUCUCCAGUACCAGCAGCGCUCAUGCAGCCCCAGGCCAUGAUGCUACCACCACCAUGCUUGACUUUAGGCAAGACACAAUUUUCUUGGUACUUCUCACCAGGGCUCCACCACACAUGCUGGACGCCAUCUGAGCCAAACAAGUUUAUCUUAGUCUCAUCAG